AUGGUCAAGGCAGUUACUAAUAUUCUACAAGGACUAGAAGACGACGCACCGCAGAUUCCUGAUAGGUGCAAACGUGUGCGUAUCAGGUCACUAGCGAUGACAAGUACUUGCAAGGCUAUUGAUAUCUUUGAAAUGAGGUGGUCACCAUCAACCUUUUCCUGGUCUUGUUUGAAACCACCUGGAUUCGAUUUGAAAGAAGUAUUCGUCGUUAGCCCUCUGGUUGAAGAAGCUGUUGUGCAGUAUACGUUGGAAAAUCCUAAUUAUUUAAUGGAUGUAGUAAGUAUUGAAUUUUUACUCGGGGGGGAGGCUUAAUACUAAACUGACAGGGGGGGGGCUCAGCACCAUUUAUGGUGUAAAAUUCCAGAUAUGGUACCAUUUAGGGGAGGUGUUGAAAAAUAUAAUUUUAUAGUAAACUUGGUACCAUUUAGGGUGUCAAUUGAUCACUAAUUGGAAUCUGGUUACCGGUUACCGAUUUCAGAAUUUCAGUGACAGGUUACCGAUUUCAGCAUUUCAGUUACUGGUGAUCGAUUUUAGACUUUCAGUUACCGGUUACCGAAUCCCCGUUUGGUAUACAAACAACAUUUUUUCCAUGCAAAACAUUAUAGUAAAUGUGUUCGACUAGUACCUCGUCUAGUAACAACAAAUUAAGCGCUAGAAUGAGCAGACAACCAAAACAUGUCGAAUUCUUCACGACACAUCUGAAAUCGGUAACCGGUAACCAGAUGCCAAUAAGUCAAUCAAUUGAUUUGUCGUGUAAAGCAGAGUACAAAAAUAUCACUCUCGGCCAGCUUUUCAGUCAACAUACAGUACCUUUUAGGGGUCAUUUUUAGGGCCACAGCCGAGCCCCCCCUGCUUUCAGUUCAGUAUGGGAGCCGAACUCCCCCGCCCCACGGGGAACAAAUCUGCAGGUCUAUAGGCUGGUUAACCGCGGUCAAACUAGAGAAAUUUGCAAGAGUUAAGCAAGGUACUUAAAAGUUAAGAUUGUCGUUUUCACUGUUUAUUAAAGUUUAAUACAUUGCCAAUAUAUUUACCAAAAUUUACCAAACGUUUUGAAAAUUUACCAAAAAAUUUCUAAAUACUGUGAACUGCAGAAUCGUCGGCGCCAUUUGUCAACAUAAUUUGGAUCAGGCGCAAAGAGUUUUGGUCAGUUUUCCACGGAAAAAGGCUCAUCAUUUUGAGAAAAAUUAAAAGAUAAUAACGUGAACUAAUUUUUUUACUCAUUCUUGCUUACAUUAAAUAAAAUCUCACUGAAUAAAACGAAAAACGCCUCGGACGUUUGACCGCGGUGGAAUAGGCUGGAUACGUCCCUGCGUUUGGUAAAUGAAAGAAAUAAUCAUGACUUCAUUCACCAUUCAUUCAGCGUGUCACGCCCCAAAGGAUAAAGUAUAAUGAGGCUCCAUCUCUUCAUCAGGUGGAUACCAUAAAAGGCCUAUCUGCAGGGAGACCUGGCAACGUAGUUGGCAAAUACUGGAAGAAGCUGAUAUAUAGCAAUCUCAAGGAAUGUGUGAAAAAUGAGUAUUCCUUCAAGGAAGAGGCAUGUGGUUCCACUGCUGCUAGAUCCUACUUAAAUUUGUGUGGACAUCAAAGCAAAACAGAUAUGAGAAAAUCGCUAGAACAGAUAAUUAGAGAUAAAUAUAGUGCAAUGAUAGUCCAUUGUAUGGGCGGCCGUCACCACCAAAAAUACAAGGAUGUCAAAUAGAUCAGCAAAUACAGAGAUGGUGUAAGGAUCAGCUGCAGGAUAGCAUAGCUAAUAAAGGAAUGGCAUGGCCAAAUUAUAGACAGUCUAGUUUUCCUUCGUGAAACAGAACACCCUAAACAUGAAUAGUUUAGCCUAAUGAGAAACGGUCUAGUAGCCCAUGUUGAGUUGGAUCAUGAGAUUGUGAAAUGGACUAGCUUAAUUACGAAUAGCUUAGCACUCAUUUGCAAUACAGUACUCAAACGGUGUAGCGUUGAGUUAAACGGCUCAGGGUAACGUCGAGUAGCACAGCGUACGCACAAACGGUGUAGCGUUGCGUCAAAUGGCUCAGCGUAAUUUAGAAUGGUACAGCGUACACACAUAUGGUGUAGCGCUGCGGGAAAUGGCUCAGCGUAAUGUCGAAUGGUACAGCGUACAUAAAAACAGUGUAGCGUUGUGUGAAAUGGCUCAGCGUAAUGUCGAAUGAUACAGCGUACAUGCAAACAGUGUAGCGUUGCGUGAAAUGGCUUAGAGUAAUGUCGAAUGGUACAGCGUACAUACAAACAGAGUAGCGUUGCGUGAAGUGGCUUAGCAUAAUGUCGAAUGGCACAGCGUACACACAAAUGGUGUAGCGUUGCGUGAAAUAGCUCAGCGUAAUGUAGAAUGGUACAGCGUACACACAAAUAGUGUAGCGUUAGGUCGAAUAGCUUUGCAAAACAUCAGACGCUCUAUCUGAACAUUAAAUUACUUAGUAUUACUUGAAAUAUUUCGAUGUUGUGGCGAAUCGUCGUGGCGUGACGUGAAGGCUAUGCCAUUCCUUUAUUAGCUAUGCUAUCCUGCUAUGGCGCGCCUUUCCGGUCAAUAUUCAAACAACCUUAAUAUACAAUACAUCCAUUACAUUCCUUUGCCAUAUUUUUUAUUUCCUUUAUGUAGAUAUAUUUUUUUCGCCACUUUAUUUUUCAUUUUCCUUCUAUAUUUUUUAAAUCUCUUCCUAUCAAUUUAGAUACACGUGUUUAACGCAUCUAUUUUCUAUUUUUUGUCUUUAUCUUAUAUGCGUUCUAUAUUUUUUAUAUUCAUUCCAUAUUUUUUUUUCGUUCCGAGUGGGAUUUUUUAUUUUCUUUCUAAUUAGUAUGCAACAAGUGAUCACAUGACCACGCUACACUUUUUCCAUUCCGCCAUUUUGGCGUUCGGCUUUAUGGAGGAAGAGCUAUCGACUGCUUGUCGUGCGGCCGCGGAUGCUUUAGAGAUUUUAAGUAAUUUGAGACCUGGUUUUACGAGAAAUGUAAUACCUCGGAUGAAUUCAACGUCAGUCUCUGUCAGUCAGCCGAACAACGGGGAUCGUAAGGUAAACAACGAGGAACUUCAGUCGAACGAACUUGCCAUUCAGUCCUCGACGUCGCCAGCCUCUAACAGUUCUAUUCAAGCUCGGCUUGCCACUCUCUUUCCGACAAUUGGUUCGAACCGAGCUAGUGGGAAAAGCACUAGUAGAAGACCAGCAAGGUCAAAGCAGACCAUUAAGUCGACCAAAGGCCGUCCACCCAAGACACUUGUCUACAAGGAUCUAGUCCUUAUUCCCAGUCCCAAGAUCAACAAAGUGCCUACACAUACAACCCGACUUCAGUUAGAAGAGAGAGAACUUGUCUGCCACGAGUUUCCCUUUGACAAGAGCUGGGAUGCACAUUCCCUCAAAGCUGCUAUAUUGAAUCGAUUUCCAAAGCUUUUGCUAUUUGAAUAUGUCAAGGUGGGUAACUUUGCGUUGUGAUAUAAGUUUAAACAUUGUUCUACGUUAAUGCUUUAAUAAUAUCAUUGCUGUUCAGUUUGUACAUUUGUUGUGGCUGCACUAUUUUUAAAUACGCAUUUAUACUAUUUUGCCAAAAAUUUAACCACAUGAGAGGAUACCUGCAGUGACGCGAGUAAUGGACUUCGAAUUUUUGGCAGAAUUUGUUGGGUUAUUUUAGAUUUCCUCUGGUACUGCCCCGCUCCCACCCCUUUCUCCUUCCUUGUGAUAUAAGUUUAACUUAACUACUCUUUCAUUAGAUUUACCCUUGACUUUUGCAAGAAGCGUGCAAGUAAUGUGUGUUUUUCUUAACCUAGCCAUGCUAUGGAAAGCUAAUAACUCCUAAGCUGGCAGAAGGCAUAACUCUGGAUGCAGAAAGAGUGACCAGGAUGGCUGGUCAAGGAGCUGUUUAUGUUAGAUCACUGGUGCCUUUGGAAUCUGAAGAUGAGGGUGAAACUGAAGAGGAGGUAGAGAAUUCAGCAUUAGAUAACAGUCCAAGGUGAACUUUUUCUUGUGAAUUUUUGCAUUGAACAAAAUAAAACCUGUAUAGAUUUCUUAUAGCUUUUUUGCCUCACUGCAAAGGUAGCUUCUCGUUGCAGUGGAAUCAUCUUAUAUAUGAUAGACUGGUAUCCCAGAUCAUGCUACUAGGCAUGACAAUGGCUUUUUGUUGGAAAUAUUAUCUAGUUUGUCUCCAAACAGAUUUGUGUAUUUAUUUAUUUUAUUGGUUAUUUAUUUAUUUAUUUAUUUGUUUGCUCAGAUCUUUAUUCAAUUGUUUGGCAGGACAGGACAUAAAUUAAUGUGGUUUAUUGCAACUCCAUGUGAUUGUGGAUAUUUGUAUAAGGAUGAACCUUCAUAGUCUGUUACAUCAUUGCCAAUUAGUUCCCUUUUUUUAUGGUUUGUGACAAGUUGAUAUUUCCUUUUAGUGUUAGUGGAGCACAAAGAAGUUCUCUGUUGCUUUCAUUUGGGGAGAGUGAAGAGAGGCCAGAUGCAGCUGUGGUGUCCCACCCCUGCCAGGAUGCUGCACAACCUUAUUGUGUACCAUUUCCAACUGAAGCAGAAACAUUACAUCAAAAUACAGAGUUAAAUGAUGUAGAGACAGGCAGUAACUCUGAUAUUGUUCAUGCAUCAUCUGAGCAUGUACCUGUGUCUGUAUCAGUACCUGUACCUCAACUGUUACCAAAACGUAUCAUCCAAGUGCACAGGCUAAAUAUUAAGAAGGAUUUGAUUGACUUAUUCCGAGAUCCAUUAAUUAUGAGUCAGGACAUAGAGAUAAUUGUUAUUGAUGCUAGGGGAGUUGAAGAAGUGGGAAGAGGUGUUGGGUUGCUCAGAGAUGUUUUCUCUCUUUUUUGGAAAGAAACAUAUGAUUCCCUUUUUGUUGGAGAAAAUGAGCGUGUACCAUUUGUAAGACAUGAUUAUCAAAGGGAUGAAUGGGUUGCUGUUGGCAGAAUUUUGGUGAAAGGAUAUUUAACCUGUCAAUACCUACCAGUCCUUUUGUCUCAAACAUUCCUUGCCUGUCUUUUUUGGGGGGAAUCUGCAGUAACUAGUGCUAUGCUGACUCAAUCCUUUAGAAAUUACAUUUCAGUUGAUGAAAAAUGUUUGAUUGACAAGUGCCUUGCUGGUGAUAUGAAGUGGGAUGAUGAAGAUGAAAUUUCCCAGCUUUUAGAAGUUUUUAGUAACUAUGACUGUCGAAUUAUAGUAAAUUCUGAGAAUAUUAUUCAAGUUAUUGAAGAAAUAGCCCAUAAGGAGCUGCUGCAGAAGCCACAGUAUAUUGCAGACUGCUGGAAGGAUAUAGUUUCCACACUCCUUCCUAGUUUUCCUGAUUUUGCAGCAAUUUCCAAAAGGUAUGAAUUUUUAAUACCAUCCACAAGCAAAAUCCUUAGUUGCCUAGAGGCAAACCCUGAGAGUGAUGGGGAAAGGGAUAGCCUUAAGUUUCUCAAACGGUAUAUUAAGGGCCUUGACACGCCUCAGAAAUUAUCAAAGUUUGUAAGGUUUAUCAGUGGGUCUGAGUUAAUGCUUUUUGACGCAGUCCAAGUAAAUUUUACUAACUUAUCUGGUUUGGGUCGCCGACCAAUUGCCCACACAUGUAAUACUGUGUUGGAGCUAUCCUCGACUUAUCAGUCAUUUCCUGAACUUAGAGAGGAGUUCAGUGCAAUACUUGCAUCAGAUUAUUGGGAAAUGGAUAUUGUGUAAUAUGCCUUGUGACAAAAAGAAGACCAUUAUGAUGGCAAGCUGAUAGAACAGACUGUUAAUUCAUUUUUGUAGUGAAAUUAUGUUUUCUACCUUGGAUGGGUAUUUACGAUUUUAAAACAUCUAACAAUAGUGCACAUAUUAUUUUCCAGUAAAUCAAACUGGGAAAUCGUUAGCUAAUAUAUUGUUGUCUGUUCAAAGUUGACAUUUUCAAGUGAGCGCAG